AUGUCUUUGGAUUUCUCGGUGAAAGGAAAACUCAAGAUCCGCAUGGACGACUAUGUCAAGAACAUGUUGGAAGAUUUUCUUAUCAAGUUCAACAAGGAUUCAAAGCAGGAAACACCAGCUGGUAAUGAUUUACUGGAAGCUGGUAAAGGAAAGUUACUCAGUGCUGAGUACUGUUACAAGAGCCAUACUGGCGGCACUCUGUCCUUUGGAGGAGGUGCAGCUCAAGUCACCGCAUCAUUUGCGGUGCAUCCAGAUUUCAAGAGCCAUACUGGCAGCACUCUGUCCUUUGGAGGAGGUGCAGCUCAAGUGAUGUCAAAGAAGCAAAAGCUAAACAGCAGAAGCAGUACGGAAGCGGAACUGAUUGCUGUUGAUGAUGUUGUCACAAUGAUACUAUGGACAAAGUUGUUCAUGGAGUGGCAAGGGUAUCCAAUCAAGAAGAAUAUCUUGUAUCAGGAUAAUAAAGGCGCGAUUCUACUGGAAGAGAAUGGUCGCAAGAGCGCGGGCAAAAGAAGCCGAGCUAUCAAUACUUGUUAUUUCUUUAUCACAGAUCAAGUUGAGAAAGGAAAUGUUAAGAUCAAAUACUGUCCAACUGACAAUAUGAUUGCGGAUUUUAUGACUAAGCCAUCGCAAGGUGAGAAAUUUUGCAAGUUCAGGAAUCUGAUUCUUGGUCCACAGGAAUAG